ACUGACUUGCCUCGUUAAAUAAAAAAAGAGACAAAUGGUAUCCACGAGUUCAUCAGACUCUGGGGAAGUAGAUAAAGGACCUCGUUGUCAAAACCCCGAAAUAUCCCUUUAAAAUGAAUUGAUUUCAAAAUGAUUGAAAUAGAUAAGCCCAUGUAGCCUAUACUGUAUUUAUUUUGUUUAUGCAGUCCUCUAGUUUUUAUUUGAAAUAUCUUUCUAUCCUUCACUUGUUUGUAACAGUUGCAAAGACACUGGCAACUGUGAAGGCCUAUUUGCAAUCAACAAUUAAUUCUGUUAUCGGCGGUCACAGAGAAACAUAUAAACAGCUUGAUUCUAUGUUUAGCGGAGGUCUUCUGGGUAUAAAGUGACGCAGAAAGGCAAAAACAGCACCUCUAAUGACACAUUUAGCUGUCCGACAAGUGGUCUGAGGCAGUCGGGAAAUAACAAGUGGGUCUUGCGUAACAAUGGUUUUGUGAAACUGCUCAAGAGAUUUAAUGAUGCUCCACGAACAUUCUAACGAUGAAUCAAAUUCUAUUGGUCACAUGCACAUGGUUAGCAGAUGUAAUUGCGAGUGUAGCGAAAUGCUUGUGCUUCUAGUUCUGACAGUGCAGUAAUAUCUAACAAGUAAUUUAACAAUUCCACAACUACCUUAUACACACAAAUGUGAAGGGAUGGAUUAAGAAUACGUACAUAUAAAUAUAUGGCCGAGCGGCAUAAGCUAGAUGCAAUAGAUUGUAUAAAAUACAGUAUAUACAUAUGGGAUGAGUAAUGCAAGAUAUGUAAACGUUAUUAAAGUGGCAUUAUUUAACGUGCUUAGUGAUCCAUUUAUUAAAGUGGCCAGUGAUUUCAAGUCUGUAUGUAGGCAGCAGCCUCUCUGUUGGCCUUGCGAUAGAAGCUGUUUUUUUUAUUUUUUAACUUAGCCUUAACACGCUUUUCAGAAACCUGGACCUGAGAUUUGUAACAGCCUGCUCUUUGUCACUCCACAACCUAGCCCUUAUCUAACCUUCCCACAACCACUACUGAGCCCUUGUUAUCCCAUUUGAUGAAGCGAUCACAUUCAGCUCAGAUGUGUUAAUAUGUUCUGGGCCUGGGUCAUAGUCAGAGGUUUGGGAUGAUUACAUUUCUACAUAAUCUCAUCAUCGCUCUGGCGGUGGUCAUCAACACUCGGCUGACAUGGUUUAAUGCCCCUCACUAGUCUCUAUUGGCCUACUGGCAUAGAGAUCAGAGUCGGAGUAUCAUGCCACCCAAAACCCCAUUAUCCUCAGACCUCAGUAAACAUCUGGCCCUGGAUGGGCCUGGCUGUAUUCAAAAUGUGGCUCAGAGUAGGAGCACUGUAAUAGGAUCAGUUUUGCCUUUUCCAGUAGAUCAUAAUGAAUAUUAUUAUAUGGACAGGGAGGACCUAAUCUAAGAUCAGCACUGCCCAGGGUUAGCAGAUGUGGCUGCUUCAGCUUCAGCUGGUCUUUUGUUGCCUCAGCAGGAUUCCUCUGUUGUCAUCCCAAUAACUCAAUUCAAUCAGACUGUUGAGUCCAAUCUAAUUGCUGCAGGGCUGAGUUUAAAUAGUUCUGGAUGUAGGGCGCUAGUUCAGAUAAGAGCCCAGAUUAAUUUGACCUCACUGAUUGGUUAAUGACACUUUGGAGUGAAAGACUCCAGUCGGAUGUCUGUGGUCAGGUUUUGUGGUCUCUUCUUUUCUUCCCCUUUCUCGUUCCCUCGCUCAUUAUACAGAAGACUCGUUUAUCAAGGAAAGAAAUUAAAACAAAACCAAGAAUACAUUUAGUUCCUCUUUCUUUAGUCCUAAGACUGUUCAACUACAUACUGUACUCUGUGUCCCUCGAUCUCUCUCUCUCUCUCUCUCUCUUUUUCUCUCCAUCAUCUUUGUCAUUAUCUCUGUUUGCAUGUCCACUGGGCGAGGGCUACAGACUGCCUUUGUUAAGAGGGGUGAACAGGCCAACAGCUGCACAGAUCACACUGGAUCUCUCUGAGGAGAGACGGGAGCAGGUGGGCCUUCACUGGGAGCCCUCUGCUGCAUUCACAUCAGGCCAGUCUGUGGAAUUAGAUCGACUGACGUGUUUGCAUGGGUUGGGAGAGUCAGUUGUUGGAGACAGGCUUCUUGGGGAUCUUCCUGUGUCCUGUGUGGAGUCUGUCCCAGGUGCCCCCUCGCUGCCCCCCCUCGCUAAUCUCCAUCUGGACCUUCCGCUGGCUCAUCGUUCGCAUCAUGCUGGGCGCCGGGCUGAUAAAGAUCAGAGGGGACCGCUGCUGGAGGGACCUGACGUGCAUGGACUACCACUACGAGACUCAGCCGGUGCCAAACCCCAUGUCAUACUAUAUGCACCAAUCCCCAUGGUGGUUCCAUCGCUUCGAGGUUCUGUCCAAUCACUUCAUCGAGCUCAUCGUCCCUCUCUUCACCUUCCUGGGGCGACGUAUGUGCAUGGUCAACGGGACGCUGCAGAUAGUGUUCCAGGUGACUCUGAUAGUGAGUGGGAACCUGAGCUUCCUCAAUUGGCUGACCAUAGUUCCCAGUCUGGCCUGUUUUGACGAUGCCUCUCUGGGAUUCCUGUUCUCGUCUGGCCGAGGGGCCAAGCAAGCCGUACUGGACCUCCAGGCUGAGGAGGCAGCAGGAUGGACCCCCAAACCCACCAGGGGUAUGCUUUUUCGUCGAGUGGUGAAUGUGGCUCUGGGCGUUCUGAUUGGCUACCUGAGCGUUCCUGUAGUGCUGAACCUGCUGAGCUCCAAACAGGUGAUGAACACGUCUUUUGACCCGCUCCGCAUCGUCAACACCUACGGGGCCUUCGGCAGUAUCACUAAGGAGCGGACUGAGGUGAUUCUGCAGGGUACUCUGAAUGAGGACCCUAAGGACCCAGAGGCUGUGUGGGAGGAGUACCAGUUCCUGUGUAAGCCAGGGGACCUGACCCGACGCCCCUGCCUCAUCUCCCCCUACCACUACAGGCUCGACUGGCUCAUGUGGUUCGCUGCCUUCCAGACCUAUGAGCAGAGUGAGUGGGUGAUCCACAUAGCAGGCAGACUGUUAGCCAACGACACAUCAAUCCUCUCACUGAUGGAAUACAACCCCUUCCAGGGCAGAGACAACCCCAGGUGGGUCCGAGGAGAACACUUCAAGUAUAGGUUCACCCUGCCUGGCAGUGGUCCCCAGGGAAAAUGGUGGGUGAGGAAACGUAUUGGAGCCUACUUCCCCGCUGUGGAUCUGGUUGCUCUCAGGGGAUAUUUUAAGUCCCGGAACUGGCCCCAUCCUGACCUUUGACCUACUGUAUGACCAAUCACACUGAUGUAUUCUAUGAGCGAUGAAUGCCUGAGACACCAAGGUAUCGCUCCCCCUUAUAAUUUGGGGUCAAAUAUGCUCUGAAAGCAAACAUCUUGACAUGAGAACCCUGAUAUCGGGGUUCUGAAUUUUUUUCUCUCAAUUGUUUUGUUCCUCUAUGUUGCCUGUCUCCAGCAUGUCAUGUUGCCAUCUGCACUAAAGAAUGAUCAAUCCUUCCCGUGAAUAGGGAUAUGCCACUCUGCCACAAUAGGAGAGUUGAGGGGAUGACGCACAGUCCAUGUUGGGCUCACAUCGCAAGACAGACACUCUACACACAUUGUGUCUUUUGAAAAUAAAAGGUCUAUUUUGGAACAAA